GGAAACUCGCACAUGCGCUCAAUGAACGGGAAACUUAAGAGGAUCUACAGCAGUGUAAUCCACUGGAACCAGGGAACUGAGAACACACCAGCAUUUAUUCACUAGAGAUCAGUUCUUCAACUGCAUUCAUUGUGCAAGGGGCAUCUGAUUUUCUGAAUUGCCAGAGAAUUGAUCGCAGUUAGAUACCAUUCUCCUUCUCUCAGUGUGGGAAAGAAUUCAGUCGUAGCCUACCCGCUGUGUGUGUGGGAGCAGAUCUACUUAGUCAUCCAGCCUGAAGAUACAUCAGCACAUUCACACCAUAGUGAGAUGUUCCACUUGUUUUGACUGUGGGAAGUGAUUAAUUUUGUCAUCAAAGUUAAAAGUAUAUCAGAAAAUUCACCAGUGAGAAGACAUUGACCUGGUCAGAUUGUGGGAAGAGAUUCAGUCACUUGUCCCACAGCAGACACUGUUCUGUAAUGUGGGAAGAACUUCACUCAGUCAUCUAGUCUGCUAGCACAUGAGUGAGUUCACACUCGGUAGACUACUUCUGCACUAAAUGUGGGAAGAGAGUCACUCAAUAAUCACAUCUACUGACACACCAGUCAGUUCACAUUGAGGACAGCCCAUCUACCUGCUAAGACUGGAUAGGCAUACAUAAAAUCAUCCAACUUACAGAGACACCACUGAGCUCAUACGAGAGACAAUUCAUCUGUGCUGUGUGGAAAGGGAUUCAUUCAGUCAUCUGAACUAUUGGCAACCAGUUUGUACUGGGGAGAUGCUGUUCACCUGCUCUGAAUGUGGGAAGGCAUUCACACACUCAUCCACCCUACAGAGACACCAGCGAGUUCACACCGGGGAGAAACCAUUCACCUGCUCAGAAUGUGGGAAGGGAUUCACUCAGUCGUCCACCCUUGUGUUGCACUACCAAGUUCAUACUGGGGAGAGACCGUUCACCUGCUCUGAAUGCGGGAAAGGGUUUGCUCGGUCAUUUCAACUGAAGGAACAUCAGCGGGUACACACCGGAGAGAGGCCAUUCACCUGCUCAGACUGUGGGAGAAAAUUCACUCGGUCAUCUGACUUGAAAGAACAUCAGCGAGUACACACUGGAGAGAGGCCAUUCUGUUGCUCAGACUGUGGGAAGGGAUUCACUCGGUCAUCUCACCUAUUGGCACACCAGACAGUUCACACUGGAGAGAGGCCAUUCAACUGCUUUGAAUGUGGGAAGGGAUUCACUCAGUCAUCUCAGCUGAAUGAACAUCAGCGAAUUCACACUGGGGAGAAACCAUUCACCUGCUCAGACUGUGGAAAGGGAUUCACUCAGUCAUCUUACUUAAAAAUACAUCAGCGAGUUCACACUGGAGAGAGGCCGUUCACCUGCUCUGACUGUGGGAAGGGAUUCACUCGGUCAUCUCAACUGAAUGAACAUCAGCGAGUUCACACUGGGGAGAAACCGUUCUUCUGCUCAGAUUGCGGGAAGCAAUUCACUCGGUCAUCUGACUUGAAAGUACAUCAACGAAUACACACUGGGGAGAGGCCGUUCACUUGCUCAGACUGUGGGAAGGGAUUCACUCAGUCAUCCACACUGCAGAGGCACCAGCGAGUUCACACUGGGGAGAAACCAUUCACCUGCUCAGACUGUGGGAAGGGAUUCACUCAGUCAUCUCAACUCAAUGAACAUCAGAGAAUUCACACUGGAGAGAAGCCGUUCACCUGCUCAGACUGUGGGAAAGGAUUUACUCGGUCAUCUCAACUAAAUGAACAUCAGCGAGUUCACACUGGAGAGAAACUUUUCAUCUGCUCAGAGUGUGGGAAGGAAUUCAUGCGGUCAUCUGACUUGAAAGUACAUCAGCGAGUUCACACUGGGGAGAGGCCAUUUACCUGCUCUGAAUGUGGGAAGGCAUUCACACACUCAUCCACACUACAGAGACACCAGCGAGUUCACACCGGGGAGAAACCAUUCACCUGCUCAGACUGUGGAAAGGGAUUCACUCAGUCAUCUCAACUGAACGAACAUCAGCGGGUACACACUGGAGAGAGGCCGUUCACCUGCUCAGACUGUGGGAAGGAAUUCACUCGGUCAUCUGACUUGAAAGUACACUUGCGAGUUCACACUGGGGAGAAACCGUACACUUGUUCAGACUGUGGGAAGGAAUUCACUCGGUCAUCUGACUUGAAAGUACAUCAGCGAGUACACACUGGAGAGAGGCCAUUCACCUGCUCAGAGUGUGGGAAGGGAUUCACUCGAUCAUCUCUACUGAAGGAACAUCAGCGAGUACACACUGGAGAGAGGCCGUUCAUCUGCUCUGAGUGUGGGAAGGGAUUCACUCAAUCAGUCCACUUGCAGAUACAUCACUGGGUUCACACUGGGGAGAGGCCAUUCACCUGCACUGUAUGUGGGAAGGGAUUCACUCAGUCAUCCACUCUUGUGUCGCACUAUCGAGUUCACACUGGAGAGAAACCAUUUAUCUGCUCUGAAUGUGGGAAGAGAUUCAGUCAAUCAUCCAAACUUGUGUUACACUACCGAGUGCACACUAGUGAAAAUGUUUAAUUAAGCUGCAGGAUGGAUGUUUAAUCCAGAGGCAAGUUCAAAAGUGACUUGUUGUCGAAGUCUGCGAUUAUAGCUGGUACUCAUCAUACCCAGUUCUGCACCCUGGUCACUGGGCACGGGAGAGUUUCUUCUGCUGAUGUUCACCUUUUAUUCAAAGAUUCAAAGUGCAUUUAUUGCCAAAGAAUGUAUAAAUAAUACAACCUUCAGAUUUGUUUGCUUGUUUGCAAAGCAAGAAACCUGAAAGAACCAAAUUAAAAAAAAUAAGGCCAAGGCCCCAGUGCCCACAGAGAAAAAGAAAAAAAACCACAAAUCAUGCAACAACAAUAGCAUUCUGAAUCAAAUUGAGUCCUUGGAUCCAAAUUCCCAGAGCAGCCUGGAAUUGCCCCAAAGCCCCGAUACUCAGUUCAUCAUAUUAGCAGGCAAAUCGUUGCAAAGUUUGCAGACAUGAACUUUCGCAGCCUUGGCAUUAUGGAGAGAGGAGCCCCCAGACUAUCUGGGCCAGCAUUUAAAUUGUCCAAACCUCACACUAGGGACCUAGCCCUGCUGCGGUGAUUCACUUCAGGCUUAGAUUUCAUAGGACUGGAAUUUAAUAUGGACUGGAUCUGUGAGAAAUAAAUCAUAGAACAUAGAAGGCCCUACGGCCCAUAAUACUGUGCUGAACAUGUACUUACUUUAGAAAUUACCUAGGGUUACCCAUAGCCAUCUAUUUUUCUAAGCUCCAAGUACCUAUCCAAGAGUCUCUUAAAAGACCCUAUUGUAUCUGCCUCCAUCACCGAUGCCGGCCGCCUAUUCCACGCACUCACCACUGUUUAAAAAAAACUUACCCUUACAUCUCCUCUGUACCUGCUUCCAAGCACCUUAAAAUUAUGCCCUUUCAUGUUAGCCAUUUCAGCCCUGGGAAAAAGGCUCUGACUAUCCACACGAUCAGUGCCUCUUAUCAUCUUAUACACCUCUCAUCCUCUUGACACUCCAAGGAGAAAAGGCUAAGUUCACUCAACCUAUUCUCAUAAGUCAUGAUCCCCAAUCCUUGUAAAUCUCCUCUGCACCCUUUCUAUAGUUUCCACAUCCUUCCAGUAGUGAGGUGACCAGAACUGAGCACAGAACUUUAUGUGAGUUCUGACCAGGGUCCUAUAUAGUGUAACAUUACCUCUUGGCUCUUGAACUCAAUCCCAUGGUUGAUGAAAGCCAAUACACUGUAUGCCUUCUUAACCACAAAGUCAACCUGUGCAGCAGCUUUGAGUUUCCUAUGGACUUGGUUCCCAAGAUCCCUCUGAUCCUUCACACUGCCAAGUCUUACCAUUAAUAUUACAUUCUGCCAUCAAAUUUGACCUACCAAAAUAGACUACCUUAUGCUUAUCUGGGUUGAACUCCAUCUGUCACUUCUCAACCCAGUUUUGCAUCCUAUUGAUGUCCCGCUGUAACCUUUAACAGCCCUCCACACCAUGCAACCUUUGUGUCAUCAGCAAAUUUAAUAACCAUCCCUCCACUCCCUCAUCCAGGUCAUUUAUAAAAAUCACAAAGAGAAGGGGUUCUAGAACAGAUCAGUGAGGCACACCACUGGUCACCAACCUCCAUGCAGAAUAUGAUGCGUCUACAACCACCCUUUGCCUUCUGUGGGCAAGCCAAUUCUGAUUCCAUAAAGCAAGGUUCCCAUGGAUCACAUGCCUGCUUACUUUCUCAAUAAGCCUUGUAUGGGGUACCUUAUCAAAUGCCUAGCUGAAAUCUAUAUACACUACACCUACUGCUUAACCUACAUGAAUUUAUUUACUCACAUCCUCAAAAAAUUCAAUCAGGCUCAUAAGGCAAGACCUGCCUUUGACAAAGCUAUGCUGACUAUUCCUAAUCAUAUUUUGCUUCACCAAAUGUUCAUAAAUCCUGCCUCUCAGGAUCUUCUCCAUCAACUUACCAACUACUGAAGUAAGCCUCACUAGUCUUUCAUUUCCUGGGCUAUCGCUACUCCUUUUCCUGAAUAAGAGAACAACGUCUGCAACCCUCCAAUCCUCUGGAACUUCUCCCAUCUCCAUUGAUGAUGCAAAGAUCAUUGCCAGAGACUCAGCAAUCUCCUCCUCCCUCGCCUCCCACAGUAGCCUGCAGUAUAUCUCAUCCGGUCCUGGUGACUUAUCAAACUUGAUGCUUUCCAAAAGCUCCAGCACAUCCUCUUUCUUAAUAUCUAUAUGCCCAAGCUUUGCAGUCUGCUGCAAGUCAUUCCUAAUCGCCAAGGUCCUUUUCUGUCGUGAAUACUGAAGCAAAAUAUUCAUUAAGUACCUCCGUUACCUCAUCCGGUUUCAUACACACUUUUGCACUGCCACACUUGAUAGGUCCUAUUCUCCGACGUCUUAUCCUCUUGCUCUUUACAUACUUGUAAAAUGCCCCUGGGGGUUUUCCUUAAUCCUGCUCACCAAGGCCUUCUCACGGCCCCUUCUGGCUCUCUUAAUUUCAUUCUUAAGCUCCUUCGUGCUAGCCUUAUAAUUUUCUGGAUCUCUAUCAUUCCCCAGCUUUUUGAACCUUUUUUCGUCUCUCAAAUCUCUUUGCCAAGGAUGAAUGACAUUGUUAGUUAACUUCCUUAUUCCCUGUUCAAUUCAACAUUACGCACAUUUCUGCUGCUUCUAAAGGGUUGUGGGUUUCAAGCUGGGUUGUUAAAAUACAUCACUCUUCUCUAAAGUCUUAAAGCUAAAUGGGGACUAGUGGAGCAGGGUCAGAAACCAGAGACACAUUAGCACCGAGCAGAGUUUGGGGCACUGGACAGUGGUAGUCGAAAAAGCAUGAGGAGAAAGGAAACGAUAUGGUCUUUUGAGAGACUCCUGGAAUAGGUACAUGGAGCUUAGGACAGUAGAGGGCUAUGGGUAACCCUAGGUAAUUUCUAAGGUAAGGACAUGUUUGGCUUUGUGGGCCGAAGGGCCUGUAUGGUGUUGUAGGUUUUCUAUGUUUCUAUGAAACAAAGCUGGUGGGGGGGUGUGAUGAUGAAUGACAGAGUAGCAAGAUAUGGAAGGUGAUUGAUAGACAAAAAAAAGUUGAUUUUGACUGUUGACACACUGCCUGUUGACAUUAAGUAUAUUACUUGUGCCUGCUUGCUGUGUUAAACUUGUUGCUGAGUUCUGAAAAAUAUUGACUGGAUUGUUGCCUCUUGGGUAAACACUUUCAGUGGCAUUGUUCUUACCCAGAAAUCUUUGUGUCACGAUGUGUUAUUACUGUGAAUUGAGCGCACAGGUGCCGAGAGUCUUGGAUCUAACUGCUUAAUUUUAAUUGUCAAUUUCUUUGCAGUUUAACAAUUAAUUAUCUGCUAUAUAUUUCGUAGCCUUUGUUUGCAUGACAAUUUAAUUUGCCUCUGGUGCUAUGCAAAGUAUAAUUCUGGAGCUUCUUUGUACUUCGUUAAUUGAAUAAAUGUUUUCGUUUUUGGUUAAUUUUUAUUGUAGUGUUCACUAAGUACUUUUUAAUGGAUUAUUGUUAUCUCUGGAUUUAAAUAGAUCUUUUAUCUUUUGGUAGAAAAGUGGCUGUUUUAUGUUCAGCACCAUCUUUAAUUCCUUCUUCAUGUAAUAGACCCUGCCACUGUUCUGUUCCUGCUCUGAAACCUUUUAAUAAAAUGAUUGUG